UUCUCGAAUAUAUCUCACAUUUUGCUGGCCUUAAAUGGAAGAUUUGAGCAAACAAUGCAAGAUAAGCCGUGUUUUUCAACAUUUACUCAAAUAUUCCUGCGUGUAUCGUUCUGUAUUUGUUGCGCAGUAAAGCGACACCCACGGAAGUGACCAAGAUGGGAAGAAAUGACAACGUAUUCUGGCAUGACGUAAUGUCCUAGCGCUGGCAACACGCACCGAGUGAUUCAUUCUGAAGUUGAGAGAUGGCUUAGCUAGUUGGCUAAUUCACUUUAAGAUAGACAUGACCCUAACUCAGAUAAACGUGAACCUAUCUGCUUUACGCUAAUAAUACUCUUGUUUAUAUCAUACAACCAUCCGACCAUGAAGUUGCUCCAUAAAGACAUUGAAAAAGAUAAUGCCGGUCAGGUGACUCUGAUGCCAGAGGAGGCAGAGGAUAUGUGGCACACCUACAACCUGCUGCAAGUGGGGGACAGCCUGAGAGCCUCCACUAUCAGGAAGGUGCAGACAGAGUCCCCGACUGGAAGCGUGGGCAGCUCCAGAGUUCGGACUACUCUAACAUUAAGUGUGGAGACCAUCGACUUUGACUCCCAGGCCUGCCAGCUGAGAGUAAAGGGCACUAACAUAGAGGAGAACCAGUAUGUCAAGAUGGGGGCUUACCACACUAUUGAGCUUGAGCUCAACAGGAAGUUCACUCUAGCUAAAAAGAGCUGGGACAGUGUUGUGCUGGACAGAAUCGAGCAGGCAUGUGAUGCAACCCAGAAGGCCGACGUGGCAGCUGUGGUAAUGCAGGAGGGUCUGGCCAACCUGGUGCUCGUGACCCCCGCCAUGACGCUGCUUCGUGCAAAAGUGGAGGUCACCAUUCCUCGCAAGAGAAAGGGAAGCUGCACUCAGCACGAGAAGGCGCUGGAGAGGUUCUAUGAGGCCGUGAUGCAGGCUAUUCUUCGCCACAUCAAUUUUGAUGUGGUGAAGUGCAUCCUGGUUGCCAGUCCAGGGUUUGUGAGGGACCAGUUCAUCACCUACCUCUUUAAAGAGGCGGUGCGACAGGACAACAAGAUCCUGCUGGAGAAUCGACCCAAAUUCAUACUGGUCCACUCGUCAUCAGGUCAUAAGUACUCACUCAAAGAAAUCCUCUCUGAUCCCACUGUGACAAGUAGGCUUUCUGAUACCAAGGCAGCAGGAGAGGUGAAAGCCCUGGAAGAUUUCUAUAAGAUGCUGCAGCAUGAGCCUGACAGAGCCUUCUAUGGACUGGCUCAUGUGGAGAAAGCUGCUGACGCCCUUGCCAUUGAUACAUUGUUGAUAAGCGAUAAGCUGUUCAGACAUCAAGAUGUCCCCAUGAGGAGUCGUUACGUUCGGUUGGUGGACAACGUGAGAGACAAUGGCGGCAAUGUCAGAAUAUUCUCAAGCCUUCAUGUGUCUGGUGAACAACUGACUCAGCUGAGUGGAGUAGCUGCCAUCUUGCGGUUUCCCAUUGCCGACCUAUCAGAGGCUGAGGACGACAGCACCUCAGACGAAGACUGAUCCACAGAAUAUGGACCAGAGAGCUCUUAUUGGCAGAAAAGAAGAAGAAGGUCAUCCAAUGUUGCAAAUAAUACAAGAAUGCAUUGACUCACUGAAAAUUUUGACUGAAUAGAAAAAACAGUGAUUUUUCUUUCAAAGUGUAUAUACAUUAUAGCUCUAUUGCAAUUAAACAACAAAGGCAUUCAA